UAUAUUUCUUGUUUUAUUAAUUCAAAGACACAACGCAUGAAGGCGCUUGGUCAGCGUGAACGCUGAAUGAUCGUGCAAUUAUAGACGCAACCUUGCUCCUUUCCAACAAUUUGUACCGUUGUCUAUGACGUAAGCUCGCAACAAUAAUUCUUGACGAGUACAGCAUGCUACGCUCUCGAAUCGAUUCUUUAAUGAAUUUGAUUUCUUUAGUAUCGAUUUAGAAAAUUAAAAAAAACUACACUUACUGCACCUUUAGAAUAUUUUUCUAAAAUUAUCAAUUUAUACAAUUAUCAAUUAAAUAAUUUAUAAUCUAUAAUUCUAUAUUAUCUAAAAUUAUUUUUGCAAAUUGUUAUUAUUAUUAUUUAACAUGAUAUAAUUUUAUAUACAAUUUAUAUAUUGAUAAAAUUUAUUUAACAAAAAAAUUGUACAUCUUCAGUCUAACAAAAAAAAUUAAAAAAUAGUUUCGUCGAUCACGUUUAUUAAUAAAUCAAAUAACACAAAGAAACGUGUGUCAUAUCGAUGACAGCAAUAAUGGAGGCAAAGUUCCAGAAGAAAUCGAAAGUCCAACAGGUAGUCAUAGCAAUUUCACGCGACUAAUUCGCGAUUGUUAUGUUCGCGUGUCCUUGCUGCAACUCGCAUUGAACACCAUGCAUUCUGGUUUUUUCCCAAUCGUAAAUAACCGAGUAACAUCCGUCGGCUGGAACGAGUCCGGGUUCUCGAUGACGACACGAUUAUUUCAAAGUGUGCGAAACACUUGUCGACUACGCGUUUUUCCUCCAACAUUUUUCGGCAAAUUGUUCUCUUUUCCAUCCAAUAUUCCUCCAUUCCUAAUUUCGCUUGAAAAUUUAACUUUUACUACGAUCUCUUAAAUUACAAUAUUUCAUUUUAUUCACUGUACAGAUUUUUUAAUUUAUUUGCAUUGUAUUUCUGAUUAACUUCAAAAUUGCUUUUGUUUUUUAUUAAGUGCGUGAUAAUAUUAGAAUUGUACUGUGUGCAAUAACAAUAGAAAAUAUAAAAGUACGAAAAAUUGCAUCCUCCAGAUUCAAUUACGUAUUCCAAUUUAUCAUUGUUUGCUCAUACCUCGAACAGAGGUGGUAUUGAAUUUUUUUUCACGCACAAGACGCGAUAAAAUACCGAAACGAGUUCCAUUGUGGCUCAUAUCUGUUCAACGUGCACACGAAUAUAUCACUGAUGGUAACGAAUUCCUUUCUCUGUUUACAGUUUUAUCGAUAUCGUUUAUUAAACAGGCGCAAGUUUCGCUGCAUAAUCUGCCCGCACCUCUUCGUCCCGUUUCUUUUUCAAUUUCGCAUCUGUCUCUCUCGAUAACUACUGUUGUGCCACGUGUGUUACAAUCGCAGGCCUGUCCUUCCCUCCUCCCCUCCCCUCUCUCUCUUCUAACAUUGCAUUCCCCUCGGUUGUCCCCACUGAGGAGCAUUCUUCCUCAGUGUGUUAAACCGGCGUAUCUUUUUUAGGGAUUCGUCGACAGCUUGAUUUUUUUAUGAUUUUAUAAUUACAGUAGGCGUAUGUAUGUAUGUAUGUAUAUUUUUUGAAAAUUCAAUUAUCAGCUUGACUUUUUUUUACAAUUAUUAAUUUUACCAUAAAAUUAUAUGUACGAAACGAAGUUAGAAAUUAAUUUAGAAGAUUUAGUUUUUCUAUUUAAAUAAUCGUUCUAGUUUCUGGCUAUCUUGAUUGAUCGUUUAAUCCAAUCUCGUUUGUCUCUCCUUUGUUAAUUAUUUUGUAUCGAAGCGAUACGAACUAGUCUUCAUUUAGGUUCUUAAAAGCUACAAUCUUUGUUCUAUAAAUUUAUUAAGGGAGCUAUAUUGAAAUGAAAUUUUAUUAUAAGUAUGAUCUAAUUAUAGAGGCCAUAUUGUUCUAAAAGUAGGUCGAUAGAAAAGAAAACUAAACUUCCAUUUUCCCUUGUUAAUCAUCUAACAAUUGCCAACCUAUUUUCUUAACCACUUAAACUAAUUGCCUUACUUCCAACAGAUGAAUCACAUAAUAUUCUUAUCCAAUGUUCAAACCAUUAAUUUCGUCUCAUAAAAAUUCUAUCUUACGUCCGAAUCAUAUAGCCAAAACAUCCUAUACGAUAAAUCAAAACAUUAUCGUUCAACAUUACUCGUCCAAAUUCGUUCAAAUGUUUCUCAUUCACUUUCAUUCGAGCUUUCUCCUCUUCCUUCCCAAACUUCUCCAACCUAACCUCCAAUCUUCGCAUCACUUCGAUACAAAAACUUAUACAACAAAAAAAUAUACUUAUUCACAAGAUAAACAAUCACCUUUCACCCCCGACUCAAUAACCAAUAUCUCUUCUCACUCCAUCACUGUCUCCCCACAUUUAUUAAUCACUCGGCAUCAAACCGACUCGUGCUCAUCCAAUCUCAUUAAAACCUCGCCCCCCUCCAUUCUCGUCGCUCCAUCUCGUUUUGUCAAACGUACGUUCAAACGAUGAGGGAACACUCUCCAUCCUCUUCCAUGUCAGGCUUGCGCUCCCUCUCUCCACAUGAAAUCCGACAUUCUCCUGGCGACGUUCGUUCGCGGCGUGUGUCUCAACGAUCGUGGCCAAACGUCGCCUUCCGUCUAUCGAGGUUUUUCGUCCCUUCGCGUCCCGUUUCGAAAAACGGCCGGUCAGUCAGCUCGGUAUCGCAUUAUGCCACGGUCGCAACAGUGGCUGCAUCUCAACAGUGGCCGAAGCUCGUUCGUGACGAUACCUGGAAUCGGCAAAACGUGAGACCCAUGCGUCCAUCAGGAAAAUGGGGAAAACCGCCAGCAAGCUGAAGUCACGCAGGAGUCAAAGUAUAGCAUGGAGCUUCCGGUUUCCAUCUAUGGGCACCUUGCAAAAUCUAAGCGCCAGUGGCCGUCGUCGGAAGAGAAACGGCAUAUCCUCUUCAGCCUCUUGUAAGGAACUUCAUCAGAAGCGGCACACGAUCCACCUACAGCCGGAAGUAAUUAUUCAGAAGGAGCCAUCUUUCAUCGUGACGCCACCGUCACCCGAGGGAAACAGAAGGUCGUCGGAGAUAAAGGUCGAGGAGGCGGAGGAGGAGGUGGUGAACAGAAGGGAGGAGUGCGUCGCGUGCGAAUCUGCUGCGAAAAGGGUUGACAGCCACGAUUAUUCCAAUCUGCCGAUGGAUCCACCAGAGGAAUCGACUCGAAAGCUUUUGGAGCGAGAACUUCGACUUCUGGAUCCGAGAGACUUAAGAUCGCACGCCUGGUAUCAUGGAAGCACACUCCGGGGUGGUAGAAAAGGCGCUGAAGCGGAAGUGCCGAACGAUGGUGACUUCCUGGUCCGGGAUUGUGCCUCCCAACCCGGAAACUACGUCCUCACGGUUCGAUGGAAGGGCCAACCGCUUCAUUUCGUCAUCAAUAGGGUAGUGAUCCAACCGGAAACGGUAUACGAGAGGGCCCAGUACCAGUUCGAGGACGAGGCAUUUGACACGGUAGCGGACCUGAUAACCUUCUACGUGGGCAGUGGCCGUCCAAUAAGCCAGGCGAGUGGCGCUCGCAUAAUCACCCCGAAGCCAAGAUCCGUUCCUCUGACAUGCGUAACGGGUCCAACGAGCAGCCAACACUGUUCCAGCCCUUCCUCCUCGUCCCUAUCGACCGGUUCUCCGCCACGUCUACCUCGAAAGCAACAACGAAGUCACUCGCUCACCGCCCAGCACCAUCCCUCCGAUCAGCACGAUGCUCGCCAAUCCUCCAAUCAGCAACCCGUGCCACACGGACCGGUCCAAUCGAGCACCCUGCCGCGCGUCCCAUCUAUUCAGAACCAGCCACCCUCGUGUUCCUUGUCCCUCGGCCGUCAGAAGAUCACCAGGGUGAUCUCCGACCCGGCGCUCCAACAGCAACAGCAACCCGUGCUUCAGCCGUCGAGUUUGAACCACCAGAACUCGCACGGGACAGCUCCACCGAAACCGCCGAGGGUGCCAUACGCGCCCAAUCACCAGCAUCACGUACACCACCACCACCAUCACCACCAUCACCAUCAUCAGGGCUAUCAGGCGUCCGGAAGCGACAGUGGGAACGGGUCUGGGGACAGUGAGUUCGAAACCAACAACUCCGGAGGUGCAAGCAAUCCGUCUUCGUCCGCCCCUAUCAAGGGGGUCGUGAUUAGGAGUCAUUACAACACGAGCAACGACGGUACGAACGGAAAUAAUGGGAACGAAUACGAAUUAUCCGCGGAGGAGCAACUGGUCGUCGCGGCACCUCCCUUGGAGAUCACCACAGCGCUGGACAUCGAAGGUUUCACAACUCUGCUACUGCCGGCUGGUGAGCACAGACCUCUGGAUCCCACGGCUCUGAGAGGAGUGUCCGGGAUGUUGCACGAUUCCGCUCCAAGAGUGUUGGCCUCGCAUCUGACGAAGAUCGACCUCGAGUUGGCUUUGCAGCCUGGCUCUGGAAACAGAAACGGUCUCAGCGGCCUCGAGUUGGCCACUCUGCCGCACGGUAGACAAGCGAGGUUGGAUUUGAUCGAGAGAUCGGAGUGUUUGAAGUUGGUAGUGGCGGUGACUGUGCUGGCCGGAGCCACCGCGAUUGAGAGAGCUGCAACGAUUAGCAAGUGGAUCAAAGUGGCCAUCGACACGAAGACCGCCCUCGGUAAUUUGUACGGUUUCUGCGGCGUGAUGCUGGGCCUCUGUUUGCCACAGAUACAGAGGUUGGCGAACACGUGGCAUUUGCUCAGGCAGAAACACACCGACGAGGCGUUCAGCUUCGAGGCGAAGCUCAGGCCUACGCUUCGUGCUAUGAACGAGUGCACGAACCCUCAAGCGCCCAACACCACGCUUCCGCAUCUGUUGCCCAUCGCUCUGCUCGGAGAACGGGGGCCUGAAGACAUUCUGGGAACUGUAGCUCCAUCUGGUCUGGCAACAGCGAUUCUAUCACCCUGGGAGAAUUCGGCACCGGAUUGUGGCUUAUCCAUCGUAUGGUCCCACUUGGAAUCAGCUCGAAAGAUGACAGAGAAUCUUCCAUUGUUCCGUAGGAACGCGGAAAUCGUUCUCGAAGGUUCAAGAAGCGACGAAUUGUUGUCCGACGCGUUUCGAACUGAAUUCCACAUAAAAUUUUUGUGGGGGAGUCGAGGGGCCACCGUAGCACCGGAAGAAAGGCAUCUGAAAUUCAUACAAGUGUUAGACGCGAUGUUCGACAAAUGUUCGUCGAGCGAAGUGACGGCCUAAACGUGACCAAAGGAAAAUAUUUUAGAUAGAAUUCAUCUUGGUAUUCACUCGAUGAAAAUUGUUUUUUUCUCGAAAAAACGAGGCAAACGAUCCCCGAACAUAUUUGCGUUCGACUUACUUUUUUACUUGUAAAUUAUAAUUGUGUAAUUAUGUAAUUAAGUGACUGUAAUUAAUUGUACCUUUAAUUGUAGGAUUUAGUAUUUUAUUUGAUAAGAUUUGUAUGUAAGAUCGUGAUUGAAUGAAAUUAAUCGACCAACGUUCGCAAUUUUUUACACGAUUCCAUUAAUUGCAAUUUUGCAAUUUUCGCAAUUUUUUUUUUCUUUUCCCCUCCUUAAUGAGAUAACCAAUGACUUCUCCAUCGUGAACAACACUUUUUUAUAAGAGAAAAAAAAAAAACAACGAAAUCUUAAUUGAUCGCAAUGGAGGAAUCAUAUUACUGAGAAACAAAGAAUCAAAAGUACGUAGCAUUAAUCUGAAUGUAUACUAUAUUAAAAAUGUACGUUGAAACGUGUCGUAUUUAGCGCAAUAAUAAUUCCCAACAAUGAUUAACGACCUUUUAAUAUUAAUAGAAAAAACAUAUUUAAGGAAAAAUUUCGAAAAAAAAAACGGCGACGAUAUGAUAAUCAAAUCAAGUUGAAUAAUCAUGUACUUAAACUCUAACUGAUACUCUUAUCAGUCAGCUUGACUACUAUAUGUUGCAAAUAUUGUUUACGUUUGUUUAUAUUUAAUAAUAUAUAUGGAAAAAUGAAAAUCA